UGAGUUGCACGUCUGGACUGUCAAAAAAACACAGGCCGCUCGAGGCUACAGCACCAUGAUGGAUCUUUUUGAGACCAACGCGUAUUUCUUCAACGAUUUGCGCUAUCUCGGUGGAGAUAAUGGACCGUUGCAGCACCUGGAAAUGGCAGACGUGUCCCCCUUGUACCAGGGCAGUGACAGUCCCCUGUCACCUGGGCACGAGCAGAUUCCAUCCGAGACUGGGUGUGACAGCAGCGGAGAGGAGCACGUUCUGGCGCCCCCGAGCCUCCAGACGCACUGCCCGGGACAGUGCCUCAUCUGGGCUUGUAAGACCUGUAAGAGAAAAUCAGCACCGACUGACAGACGCAAAGCUGCUACUCUCCGGGAGAGGAGGCGGCUCAAGAAGAUUAAUGAAGCGUUCGAGGCAUUAAAGAAAAAGACUGUGCCCAAUCCCAGCCAACGGCUGCCGAAAGUGGAGAUUUUACGCAGCGCCAUAAAUUACAUCGAGAAACUGCAGGACCUGUUGCACACGUUGGAUGAGCAGGAGAAAAUUCAGGGAAAAGACGCUUUUAACUAUAGCGCGAAAGAACACAAUGUGCCCAGUACUGAGUACUACGGGAGAAAGACCUGCCAGAACUGGCAAAGCACUGCAGAUCAUUCCAAUGUACCGAUGACGGCGCAGAGAGAGGGAACUGCUGUUGAGUCCUCUGGUUCAACCAGCCUGCGUCGUCUCUCUUCCAUUGUGGACAGUAUUUCAAGCGAAGAGCAAAAAGCUGAUUUCAGCGAGGAAGUCUCAGAAACAUAAAAUACAGUAACUAAUUAUUUUAUAUGAACAGCAGGAGCCUUUCACAUUUCCACUGUGCUAUUUCAAAUCAUUUGUACCUCUUUUUACAAAUGUGUUAGUUUUUAUCUUGUUUUAUUUAUUGGCAUUAUUAUUGACUUGGGUAAUUAUUAUUAUCCAUCAGUCAAAGAUGAUUUUUCAAAUGAUGUUCUGAGCUAUAUUGAACAGUCAAUAUACAUAUUUUUUACUCCCAGAAGGACACCAGUAAUACAAACAGCACUAUCUUUUGUAACCAAACCAAAAUACAUUUUUAUGUAUUAUUU